CUUUAGCAAAGCAGAGAAGGCUGUGUGUGGGGCAUCUGGCAGUGCUGUGCUGUAGGUAGGUUACAGUAAGUUGACAGUACUUGGCAGUUGACAGUGGUUCUACUAGCUAACAGAAGUUGCAGGAAACAGACUAAAAACAGACUGCAUCUCUCCGAGCGAGCUCCAUAUGCAGUAGAUAAAGAAGGCCACAGGGCAGGGGUAACAGUGUAGGACAAUUCUUAGGUUGACUGGAGGUAGACUGGGACCAAUAGUGCAAGUACUGCAGCCAUGCAACACCUGUUGUACCAGCCACUGCUUCUCAAUGGAAACAAAUACCUGCAGCAAAAGUGGAACAAGGCCUCCUAUGAAAUGCAUCUGAGAAAGGUCAAAUCAGCGAAACCCACCAUCGACACAACUGCACCUAAAACCUAUGGUCACCUUGCCCUCAAAAUGAAGAAACAAAAGUUUCAGGAGCAAAGCAUGUCCAAAAUUCAGAGGGAAAACAAUAUGCUGCUUGAGAAAAUAUCUCACAUCAUGAGUACUACUGGUCGCAUCGACAACAGGAACGACUAUGAAAACAAAAGUGCCAGCCUCACUACAGCAUUAAGGACUGGCAUGAGGACUGGCUCAAGACAAUCAAGCUCAUGGAGAGCAUUGCACGAUAUCCACGAAGAGUUAGUGACUAAAAGGGACAAGGCCAGGCCAGUAAUGAAGAGCAGCAACACUGAGACUGAAGAAAAGGACAGUCUUCAUGCGGAACAGAGCUCAUACAGCAGCAUCACUCACAAUGGCAAAAGGGGAGUGUGAGGAAGAACCUUGUCACGUUCUGACCUUUAUUUCCUUUGUUUUGUAUUUAUUUAGUAUGGUCAUGGAGUGAGUGGGGUGGGCAGUCUAUGUUUAAUUUUCUGUGAUUUGGGAUUUCUAUGUUUCGGCCUAGUAUGGUUCUCAAUCAGAGGCAGGUGUCAUUAGUUGUCUCUGAUUGAGAAUCAUACUUAGGUAGCCUGGGUUGCACUGUUUGUUUGUGUGUGAUUGUCUAUGUUGAUGGCUUGUUUCAGCGCAGCUCGCAUUAGCUACACGGUUGUUAUUUUGUUUACUGUUUUUUGUAUAGUGUUUCUGUGUUCAGUUCUUUCUUUAAUUAAAACAUUCAACAUGAACACAUAUCACGGCGCAUUUUGGUUCUCCGAUCCUUCUCGCCUCUCCUCUUCAGAUGAAGAGGAGGACAACCGUGACAAACCUGAUCAACAGGAAGAGGAGGCGGGCCUGUAGGAAACACCUGAGUCAUCUGACACACCAAACAAAGGUCCUACAUCUGAAAGUCCCCCAAUACCUGAACCCCCUCACACACCUGACACACUAAGCACAUCUAGCAGACCUGACUCACCAGUCAAAGACUGAGAAUAGGUGUAAGCACAAUGACAUUAAGAAGGGGUGAAGUAAUUUGUCUAUUUGGUAGACAAAUUUACAUUUGCAAUGUCUCCAAAUGUUCUUUGAAAAUAUAUUACUGGCUUGUAGUAUUAAAGGAAUUUAUAACUUCUUGUCUUGA